GUUGAUGGGUUGAGAUGCAGGUGAGGAAACGAUUGACUGAAGGGAGAUUUCCUUGACAAGCGCUCCUCGGGGUAUAGUGCUCAUCACAGCGAUCGAAAAGAGCGAUGCAGUUCACAACAAGAGCAACCCGACACACACAUGUACAGCACUGGGGAAUUCCUCAGGACACCUUUAAGACAAGAGAUGAGAGCUGGAAAAAGCUUCUCUCUCCCUCCUGUGUGCUUCAUUUGCUCCACCUAUCCCUCUGUUUAAGGUCGACCCCUCCUUUCUCCAGCUGACUUAUUCUCAUUUAAAUGUCUGCGGGGUAAAACACCUCUCCCUGCUCAUAACUCACAGGUGAAGUUUACACUCCCCUUCACAGCGAGUGUACAGCAAUGUACGACCGGCCUCCGUCCAAAGAGAAACUUCUUCACAGUUAUGGAGACUCCUUUGAGCAACAGAAGUUUGGAUUUUAAUCAGUGCUUUGAAUUCUUUGUUGUUUGAUUAUAUGUUUGCUGAAAUCAUAAAACGGGACGGCAGAAGUGAAUAAGAUGUCCUUUCAAUUACGAGUAAGGUCUUUUACCUGUGUGCGGAUGUAAGGAUGGUCUCUGGGCUUUGAGAAUGGCAUUGUUUCAGUCUGGCUGUGUGUGAAUGGAGCUGAGAGAGUGGAGACCCUGAUGUCGGAGCUGCCGCUGCUGGCCUGUGUGCUCCUGUCCUGGAUCAUCACCUGCCAUUCUGGACCGUGGAGACCAUGCACAGAUCUGUUACCACUCGACCUCCUGUCCCGGGUGAUUCCCAUGGCCAGCAGGGUGCAGGAUGGUAUACGCAUGGUCCAGUCCAGAGGUGCUCGAGGAUUCCAGUUUUCUGGAUCUCCACAGCUGUUCAGCUUCCCUUCCUCUCAGCUCUUUAUUAACUGUCACAUCUUUCCCACCGAAUUCUCCAUCAUCGUCACAUUCAAAAUCCCACAAGUGGCUCCUGAGAAAAGUGAAUACAUAUUUACAGUGUUGGAGGCGGAUUCAGAUGAGCUGCUUCUCGGCCUGCGUCUGUCCCAUGAUAAACUCCACUUCCUGCACAAGGGCCAUGGGAGCAGGAAACGCAUCACUUUUAAGGCAGUAGGGCUGGAUGAUGACCGCUGGCACACUUUGGUUUUAGCGGUGACGGGAUGCUACACAAUCCUCACUGUAGAUUGUGGCACACCUCUUGAGCUGUUGCUUGAAAGGCCCUUCCCCGAAGAUCUUGAUACAGCUGGCUCCACAUUCUUCAUUGCCAGCAGAAGGAGAUGGAAUGGCUUAUUUUCUGGUCUGAUGCGACAGCUAGUUCUGUUGCCUGGUUCAGAUGCUACCUCACAAAUAUGUCCCUCAUCUGAGCCCCGGCUAUCUGCACUCUCAAUUCCCCAGACCCUCUUACACCUGCCAAUCAAGCCAUCGUCCACUGAUCUUCCCCUCCAUCCGUAUGAGGCAGAGGUUCGGGUGACUGCGGGUGUGAGUCCGCCCUGUGGACACUCAGAGGAGGGACAACUGUGGUUCAACACGCUGAAAAAGGGACUGUUUCUCUGUGAUGGCAUGAUGUGGCUCACAAUGCUGCAAGAAAAAGAGAAGCUGGACUAUGUGGAGGAUCAUCAGGAUUUAUACACUUACUCUGAGACAUUUGACAUAGAAGUUUUCCACAUCCCUUCCGUUGGGCUUUUCAUUGCGACCGCCAACCGAGACUCCAACCUUGGUUCAGGAAUAUACAAAUGGAUGGAUGGGAGGUUUGAACGAUAUCAGAACAUCAGCACCUACGAUGCACAGGCAUGGCAGUACUUCACAGUGGGCAAGAAGAAGUUCCUGGUUGUGGCCAACUGCAAGAGUAAAGAAGCAGGAGAGCCCGAGCAGUCGGUGAUUUAUAAAUGGAGCUCAAAGAAGCUGAAAUUUAUUCGCUACCAGACUCUGAUCACACACAGCGCUCGCGACUGGGAGGCUUUCAACAUUCAAGACGAAACUUUCCUGGCCGUGGCCAAUCACAGGCAAGGGGAGAGAAACCACAAUAUUGAUAGUGUAAUCUACAAGUGGAACCAAGUUACCCAGUUUUUUGAGGUCAAUCAGACAAUCCCUACGGCUGGCGCGUAUGACUGGGAGUUUUUCGCUGUCGGCCCUUAUUACUUCCUUGUGGUGGCAAACACUUUCAAUGGAAGAUCUACAGUCAUUGAUUCUACAAUCUAUAUCUGGCUGGGAGGGAUGUUUCAGCCUUAUCAGUCCAUUACAACAUUCGGGGCGAUCGACUGGGAGAUGUUCCAGAUUGAAAAUAGGGUUUUUCUGGCGGUGGCCAACAGCCAGAUGCUGACGGAGGAGGGCAAGAUCCUGUACUCCAUCAACUCCACCAUCUAUGAGCUCAGCAUGACAUCACAGACCUUCGUCAGGUUUCAGGAUAUUGAAACAAACAGUGCUUUAGAUUGGGAGUAUUUUACUGUGGGAGAUGACAAGUUCCUGGUGGUCGCCAACUCCUAUGAUGGAAACUCAUACUCUCUUAAUAGUGUUAUAUACAGAUGGCAGGGUUACGAGGGCUUUGUCCCUGUCAACAGACUGAGCACCAAUGGCUGCAGAGACUGGGAAUUUUUCAACACAACCGACGGCUACUACCUCAUCUACUCCAGUGCCAGAGCUGCUCUCUCUAAGGUCCUUAAAUUAAGGACCAUAUAGUGGCACUGGACAUAUAAACAAAGACUAGCAGUAACUCUAAGCAUGAACUGUAAAUACGAUGUUCUUGGAUAUAGCUGUUAUCCAAAACUGAAAUAAUAUUCAUUUACCACAUGCACUUAAUGACAUUCCUUGUAACAAGCUGAAGGAUCUGUCUCACUACACUGAAAACAUCCUGAACAACAACAGCACAAUCGCAAAGAGACUAUGGAAAAAUUGAGAAAACUCACUUCAGAAGAUUUCAUACUCGCACUUAUUUUGCACACAGUUCACCAGUACGCUUUGUUUAAUAAUAUGUCAUUAUGUCCUGUGAUCAUCUGCACAUAAAGGCAGCUAACUAGUUAGUUUAUAAAAUGACUGGAAAAGAUCGAUUUAUCAGCCAACAAAACACUGUAUUAACUGUACUGUACUGUUUGUAAGCUACCGACUUUUACAUUUGUUUUAUUAGAAGGUCUUUAAAUGAAAUUGAAGUAUGUAUAAUUCUAUAAAUUCAGCUAUAAGUGAAUAAUAUUAAUAGUAAUAAAAAUGACUAAGGAUUUUAAUAAUAUACUGACUGUUCUUUUUAAUAAUAUUACCUCUAUAACUUAUUUUAGAAGAUAGUUGUGUUGAUGGUUUCUUUAUGAACAGUGUUUUUGUUCAUUUUUCUGCUUUGUUUUGAUUCUGUCAUAAUUGUGAGCUUGCUGUGGCAUAUAAGUUACAACAUUUGCUUUACUAGUGACUUAUUCGACAGCAUAGCAUUAUUUUUUGUUGAAUUAAAUAUUUUUGUUUAGAUUUUGUUGUGUUUAUUCAACGUUUGUCAUCCAAUGAUAAUAUCCAUUUUGUCUUGGGAACAAAAGCUGAAAGAGAAAUGUAAAAAACUGUAAAUGACAGUAUACUGCUUUAUUGGUGUAAAUAACAGAUUUUACAUUUGUUCAUUUAUUGUGUGAUUGAUAAUAUUUAUGAUGCCAAUAACCAUGCAUUAAAAUGAAUUACACACAAAUGUAAUUUGUAUAUUAGGCGCCCUCUACUGGAAACUACUGUGAUAAGAUAAGACAUGGUUAUACUUUAUUUUUUUUUAAGUAUUCCAAACGUUUGUGCAUUUCUUUAGUUUUUGAUUGCUCGAAAAUGCUAACAAUAGUUUUCUUUUCUUUUUUUUUUGUACUUUACUAAGGAACAGUGGUGAUUUAUAGCUAAUGAUUUUAAUCAAUAAAUAAAAAGUAAAUAAAAAAUCUGCAAACUUAA